AUGAGUGUUACUUUUGCGAUUCUUCGCAACGCUUCCGAAACAAAAGAGUCAAUCAGCCCUAAAGAGAAGAAAUCGGACCACUAUUGCAUCCGAAAACCAACUCUGCCCGAGCCGAAAAUCACACCACAUCGCGUUCAGCAAGGCUGUCUUGAUGCAUCUGCACCUCACCGCAAGCCACCGUCUUGGCAAGUACCUCGUGCUCUGUUGACAGCGUUCGUGAUUCGACGGGUGAGCAUCUAUAUCCCUAGCAACCACAGUGGUGGAAGCUCGGCGUUGGCCAGCAUUGAAGCUAUAAAUCGCAGGGCUUGUGUACCGGAACAAAUUAUUGGAGAUUGA